CCAUUUGCCAAACCAAGAGAAAUAACACUAGCAUUUAUGCGCACUGAACUCAUCUCCUCCUCCCACCUCUCUAUACAGUGGAAGGAUAAACCCUAACCCUAGAGAAGAGAAGCCAUGGGAGAUGUCCCACCAUCGAAGGGCAAAGAUCGGAAGGUUCCGAUCCCUGGCCAAAGAAACAUCUUGAUUACCAGCGCCUUGCCCUAUGUUAACAACGUCCCUCAUCUUGGCAACAUCAUCGGAAGUGUUUUGAGUGCAGAUGUGUUUGCUCGCUACUGCCGUCUUCGUGGCUACAACACAAUAUACAUGUGUGGGACGGACGAGUACGGGACGGCGACCGAGACGAAAGCCAUGGAAGAGAACUGCACCCCUAAGCAGAUCUGCGAUAAAUACCAUGCAAUCCACAAGGAGGUCUAUGAUUGGUUUGAUAUAAGUUUUGAUGAGUUCGGGCGGACAUCAAGUCCCCAGCAGACUGAAGUUUGCCAAGCAAUAUUCAAGAAGCUGAUGGAGAACAAUUGGCUUUCUGAAAACACAAUGCAACAGCUUUACUGUGACACAUGCAACCGCUUCCUAGCUGACCGUCUUGUGGAGGGCAUAUGCCCUACGAAAGAUUGCAACUACGAGUCUGCACGAGGGGACCAGUGUGAAAAAUGUGGAAAGUUGUUGAAUCCAACUGAACUUAAGGAUCCCAAGUGCAAGGUAUGUCGGACCACUCCACGUAUUCGUGAUACAGAUCACUUGUUUCUAGAGCUCCCAUUGUUGAAGGAUAAAUUGGAAGAUUAUAUCAAUCAUAUGUCAGUGGCUGGAUCCUGGAGUCAAAAUGCUAUCCAAGCAACACAUGCUUGGUUGAAGGAAGGUUUGAAACCCCGAUGUAUAACUAGGGAUCUUAAGUGGGGUGUUCCUGUUCCACAUGAUAAGUUUAAAGACAAGGUUUUUUAUGUAUGGUUUGAUGCACCAAUUGGGUAUAUCUCAAUCACUGCAUGCUAUACCCCUGAUUGGGAGAAGUGGUGGAAGAAUCCAGAAAAUGUGGAGUUGUAUCAGUUUAUGGGCAAAGAUAAUGUGCCAUUCCAUACGGUAAUGUUUCCUUCAAGCCUUCUUGGAACUGGCGAAAACUGGACGUUGAUGAAGACUAUCAGUGUUACGGAAUAUCUGAACUAUGAAGCAGGGAAGUUCUCCAAGAGUAAGGGUGUGGGAGUUUUUGGCAAUGAUGCAAAAGAUACAAACAUUCCAGCAGAAGUAUGGCGGUACUACUUGCUGACUAAUAGGCCGGAGGUUUCAGACACAUUGUUUACAUGGGCAGACUUGCAGGCCAAACUAAACAGCGAGUUGCUGAGUAACUUGGGCAAUUUUGUUAAUCGGGUCCUGAGUUUCGUUGCUAAACCUCCAGGAUCAGGAUACAAUUGCACCAUUCCUGAUGCUCCAGAUGCAGAAUCGCAUCUCUUAACUAAGACGUUAGCAGAGAAAGUUGGCAAAUACAUGGAGCAGUAUGUAGAAGCCAUGGAGAAGGUUAAGCUAAAACAAGGUCUCAAAACUGCAAUGAGCAUUUCUAGUGAAGGAAAUGCAUAUCUACAGGACAGCCAAUUUUGGAAGCUUUAUAAGGAAGAUCCAACUUCAUGUUCCAUUGUGAUGAAGACUUCAGUUGGGCUUGUUUUUCUUCUUGCAUCUUUGUUAGAACCCUUCCUGCCAUCCUUUUCUGUUGAGGUACUGAAGCAGCUUAAUUUACCUCCUGAAAAACUCUCAUUGUGCGAUGAAAAAGGAGAUGUUGACAGGGCAAGAAGACCUUGGGAUAUAGUUCCUACUGGCCACAAAAUAGGGACACCAGAACCCUUGUUUAAGGAACUGAAAGAUGAAACUGUGGAGUUCUUGAGAGAGAAGUUUGCUGGAAGUCAAGCUGAUAGGAUUGAGAAAGCAGCAGCUGAAGAACAAAAGAUUGCUGAGCAGCUAAAGAAAACGAAAGUCUCAGAUGGAAAUGUUAAGAAACAACGCCAAACUAAGCCUGCAGCAGAAGGAAAACCGAACGCAGCUGAAGUGGAAAUAUCUGUUUCGAGACUCAAUAUUCGUGUAGGCCUCAUUACGAAAGUUCAGAAGCAUCCAGAUGCUGAUUCCCUUUAUGUGGAAGAGAUUGAUGUGGGUGAACAGUCACCACGUACUGUUGUUAGUGGCCUUGUCAAAUACAUUCCUCUUGAAGAGAUGCAGAAUCGGAAAGUUUGUGUUCUUUGUAAUCUGAAACCAGCUACCAUGCGUGGGAUAAAAUCACAGGCAAUGGUGUUGGCUACUUCUAAUGAUGACCACACAAAGGUGGAGUUGGUGGAUCCACCUCAGUCCGCUCCUGUUGGAGAGAGAGUAAUGAUUCCAGGGUUUCCUGGGGAGCCAGAUGAUGUGCUCAACCCGAAGAAGAAGGUUUGGGAGACGGUGCAAACUGAUCUACAUACUAAUGCAGAGCUGGUGGCCUGUUACAAAGAUGUGCCCUUCACUACUUCAGCAGGUGUUUGUAAGGUCUCGUCCAUAUCUGGUGGGUCUAUAAGGUAGACAUCUCAUGCAAAGAUAUUGCAUUCAUCUUCUCGCAUGCAUGGAUGGAUGUAACACUAGUUUGUGUCCUGCACUGUGGGCUCAAUGUGCGCGUUUGGCUGCCUGGUGACAUGGUAAAUUUGGUUUUGCAUGUUAUGCACUAUUUUGCCAAGAAAGGGAAA